CGAUUUUAUGUUCAACUUUGCCAAGAAAGGAAAACAGAAAUAUUGUGGUCUAAAAUUUUGUGAUAUUUAGUAUUUUUAUGGCAGCAAAGCAAGGGAAGGGCUUAUCACACUUUUUUUCUAAAGAUAAGACAUUUAAACCGAAGAAGAAGUUUAAAGAAGGAACUCUUCGCUACGAUUUACAUAAGCAGGCAAAGGCGACAUUACACUCCGGGAUCUCYCUGCAAGAUUGUGUUAAACUCCCUCCAGGAGAAGAUCCUAAUGACUGGGUUGCUGUUCAUGUUGUUGAUUUCUUCAACCGUAUUAAUCUAAUCUAUGGAACAGUGUUUGAAUACUGUACACCAGAAAGCUGUCCUUCAAUGACUGGAGGACAAAGAUACGAAUAUUUUUGGUGUGAUGGCGAUAAAUACAAGAAGCCUACAGCAUUACCAGCGAGACAAUAUAUUGCUUUACUCAUGGACUGGACAGAAAACAUCAUCAACAAUGAAGAUGUCUUUCCAGUGGAUAAAGAUGUACCAUUCCCUAAGGUGUUUCUUCCAUCAGCAAAGAAGAUUUUAACGAGAUUGUUUAGAGUGUUUGUUCACGUCUACAUCCAUCACUUUACAAAUAUACAAGAACUUCAAGCUGAGGCCCAUGUUAAUCAGUGUUACAAGCAUUUCUAUUACUUCAUAUMUGAGCUCAAACUGGUUGAUCCAAAAGAACUGGAACCUUUGAAAACUUUGACAGAAAGGCUGUGCCCAACUUGAGAUGGCUAUUAUUGUAUUUUUCUAUUCAAUUAUUGAAUAUUAUAUCCAUCGAAAUGCAAUCAUUUUUUUAUUCAUCAAAAUUUCAAUUAUCCACAAAAUUUGUAUGAAUGGUACUAAUUGUAUACUUUCACUUYAUCAGGAAGUAAAAUUUUUAUAAUMCAAAAWUUAYUAAAUUAAAAAACAUGAAAAUUGGUAAUUUUGCUCAUAGAUGUGUUUGUCUCUUUAUAUCUCACAUUCUUUAARAUUCAAAGUUUACAUUGUUUACUCUCCUUSCAGCUUGUUUUGUGCASAAYCCCUGUGCUCAAUUAAGUCAAUUGAGGRACCAUAACUGAUCAUGGAUGCUGCAAGGAGAUGACUACAAUUUAGACAAAUAAUGAAUAUUUUCAGGAUUAUAAUUUUUCUUUUGUUUUUGAUAUUACUUUCAAAAUCCAAUCAAAUAUCUAUWAAGUGCAUGAUUGUACUUUAAUCURUCUCAGAGAAAACAWUUACAGACAUCUUUAUAUAAACAGGUUUUUGGGACCUUGUAUAAGGCUCAGACCUCRUACAGUAAAAUGUAGCUGACUGUAGCUAGAAUUUUGUAUUAUGACAUUCUUUGUAAAUCAAUGCAAUACUUUGCAAUAAUAUGCAGUUUUUAAAUCAAUCAAUGUACACAUUUUAUGUGAUGAAAUACUAUUUAAUUAAAAAGAUAUAUUUCUA